AUGCAGCGGCCGGGGGAGCCGGGCGCCGCGCGCUUCGGCCAGCCCGAGGGCUGCGCCGACCACCGGCCGCACCGCUACCGUAGCUUCAUGAUCGAGGAAAUCCUCACCGAGCCGCCCGGGCCCAAGGGCGCUGCGCCCGCCGCCGCCGCCGCCGCCGCAGGGGAGCUGCUGAAGUUCGGUGUGCAGGCGCUGCUGGCGGCGCGGCCCUUCCACAGCCACCUGGCCGUGCUGAAGGCAGAGCAGGCGGCGGUGUUCAAGUUCCCGCUGGCGCCGCUCGGUUGUUCGGGGCUGGGCUCGGCGCUGCUGGCCGCCGGGCCUGGGCUGCCCGGCGCCGCGGGUGCGCCGCACCUGCCGCUGGAGCUGCAGCUCCGCGGGAAGCUGGAGGCUUCGGGCCCCGGGGAGCCGGGCACCAAGGCCAAGAAGGGGCGCCGGAGCCGCACCGUGUUCACCGAACUGCAGCUGAUGGGCCUGGAGAAACGCUUCGAGAAGCAGAAAUACCUCUCCACGCCGGACAGAAUAGAUCUUGCCGAGUCCCUGGGCCUGAGCCAGUUGCAGGUGAAGACGUGGUACCAGAAUCGGAGGAUGAAAUGGAAGAAAAUAGUGCUGCAGGGCGGCGGGCUGGAGUCCCCCACCAAGCCCAAGGGGCGGCCCAAGAAGAACUCCAUCCCCACGAGCGAGCAGCUCACGGAGCAGGAGCGCGCCAAGGAGGCGGAGAAGCCGGCGGAGGUGCCGGGCGAGCCGAGCGACAGGAGCCGCGAGGACUAG